AAUCAUUCCUCAUACAAAAAACCUAUAAAUAGUAUACUAAUGUAACCAAACCCCUUAUCAUUUAAGAAUUCAAACUUCAAAAAAAAAAAAAAAACAAUGGCACCAUCUUCUCUAUGGUCCAUUCUUACUAUUUUAAUAUUAUUAACUUGUUUUCAUAGAAAACUACAACAAGUUUAUGCAGCUGAUUAUGAUUUUAGUUACAUGAAAUCGGUGUACAAUGCAACUGAUCUACCAUUAGUAGAAAAAUACGACUACAUAGUGAUAGGAGGAGGCACAGCCGGAUGCCCUUUGGCCGCAACUCUAUCAAAAAAGUACUCAGUUCUUGUUCUCGAAAGAGGAAAUGUCCCUAAUGCUCACCCCAAUACGUUGGUUGCAUCUGGAAUCUUCACUAACCUCGUCGAAGAAGAUGAUGGAACCACACCGGCCCAGAGGUUCACAUCGAAGGAUGGUGUGGAGAAUGUGAGAGGUAGGGUUUUGGGAGGAUCAAGCAUGAUUAACGCCGCUUUCUAUUCAGAAGCGGACGAGGAUUUUCUUGCCAUGUCCGGAGUGGAUUGGGACAUGGAAGAAGUUGAGAAGGCUUAUGAGUGGGUGAGAAAGAGUUUAGUGUCAUAUUCGAAUUUGUCAGUUUGGCAAUUUGCUGCGAAAGAUGCUUUUGUUGAAGCUGGCAUCGGUCCUGACAAUGGAAUCACUUUAGAACAUAAGGUUGGAGUUAAACAAUCUGGUUCUACGUUUGAUGAGAUGGGAAGAAGACAUGGAGCUGUGGAGUUGCUUAAUAAUGGAAACCUCAACAACUUGAAAAUUGCAAUUCAUGCCUCAGUCAACAAAAUUAUCUUCUCCUCUAAAUUUUCAAAUCCAAGUGCUAUUGGAGUUAUGUACACUGAUUCAAAAGGAAAGUCUCAUAAGGCACUAAUUCGUAACAAAGGAGAAGUAAUACUAAGUGCAGGUGCACUUGGAAGCCCUCAACUUUUGCUACUAAGUGGAAUUGGUCCAAAAUCAUACCUCUCAUCACAAAAUAUUUCUAUAGUCCUUUCACAACCCAAUGUUGGAAAAUUCAUGGCUGAUAAUCCACGUAACAGCCUUAAUCUCAUAAUCCCAUUCCCAUUAGAUGCAUCAACAUCAGGACAACUUGUAGCAAUUACCAAAGAUUAUUACAUAGAGACCAAUUCUUAUAGCAUGCCCUUUUCACCAACUAUGUUACCUUUUGGAUUUUACCCCAAUCCAUUAUCCCCACCACAAUUAACUCUAGCCGUCUUUGCGGAAAAAGUUGUUGGGCCUUUGUCCACGGGUGCUCUCUGGCUAGCGUCAGCCACUGAUGUCGAAGUUGCGCCACAUGUUAAGUUCAACUACUUCUCUAACUCGGUUGAUCUAGCUCGUUGCGUUAGCGCAACGAAGAAGUUUGGCGAGUUGUUGAAGACUAAAUCUAUGGAUCAAUUUAAGUACACUGAUCUUAAUGGUGUUAGGGAUUUUAUGUUCUUAGGGCCACUUUUGCCAACCAACCAAUCAAAUGAUUCAUCCAUUGAAGACUAUUGUCGAAGUUUUGUUACAACCUUUUGGCAUUAUCAUGGGGGGUGUUUGGUGGGAAAAGUUGUGGAUGGUGAAUUUAAGGUUAUUGGAACUAAUUCACUUCGAGUUGUUGAUGGUUCGACUUUUAAUAUGUCUCCUGGGACCAAUCCUCAAGCCACCGUUAUGAUGAUUGGCCGUUAUCUUGGGCUGAAGAUGCUGGAAAAUAGAUCAGGAUGACAACUACAUAAAUAAAAUCUCAUGUCCUAUCUCUUAUGCUAUGCAAAUAAAUAACGAUAUAUAUAUAUAUAUAUAUAUUUAUAUAUAAUAUGUAUCUUCAAUUUCAUAAAAACAACUGUAUUUGUAUGUUUAUCUCUUCUGUUUGGUGUGAUUAAAUUUAUCAAAAACACUAUAUAUGUUCUCUUUUAUAUAUAUUAUUAUAUAUAAAUAUAGCUAUUAUUGAGGUUGAUUAGACAAAGUUACUUGUAUCUAGUCAAUGUUACAAAAUUGACAAGAAUCAUGAUUAU